AUGGCGAGCGCCGACAACAUCGAAAUGAAGCCUCGGAAGAUCAAGAGGGGGAAAGAAGCGCCGACAGAUACAGAUUACCAGCCCGUGAACUGGAAGAGGUUAUUCCUGGCACCCAAAUAUCUCGUGCUGUGGAUUAUCCUCCUUAUUACGAUCGUUUUGACUAUCAUUAUCACGAUCAAACAUGACGAGGUCGUUGCGCACCUCCGUCCAUGGGCUGAGAAAGUUCGCGACCUCCCCGCAGGGUGGUUAAUCCCAAUCGCCAUCCUGAUCAUCAUCUCGUUCCCGCCGCUCUUCGGCCACGAAAUAAUUGCGCUUCUCUGUGGUGUUAUCUAUGGGCUGUGGAUCGGCUUUGGCAUUGUUGCAGCAGGAACAUUUCUUGGCGAGCUUGGUACCUGGUUUGCUUUCCAGUGGUUUUUUCGCAAGAAGGCUGAGAAACUGGAACGAACGAACCUUAACUACGGCGCCCUUGCGCGCAUUACUCGUGACGGUGGUUUCUGGAUCGUCCUCCUCAUCCGUUUCUCUGCCAUCCCAUCCCACUUCUCCACCGCCGUGUUCUCGACUUGCGGCGUUAACUUCUGGUCCUUCACCAUCGCCACAGCCCUCACGUUACCGAAACAGAUCUUCCUCGUCUACCUCGGCGUGCUCCUUCUCCAAUCACAGCCCGACGGCUCGGCCAAGAACAUCGUUUUCGGCGUCGCCUUUGCCGUGACCAUCGUCAUGGCCGUGUAUAUUGGAUGGAAGAUGCGCAAGAUCAAGGUGAUCUUGCUGGAGGAGCAGGCGGAGCGACGCAAGACUCAUUUGCAAAGUGCGAUGGAGGAAGGCGAGGGCCCCGCAGACGAAAGGGAUUGGAUUAGGGAAGAUGGCCAACAUUAUCCCCAGCCGCAGUACACACCCACAUUCAAUGGCCAACAGGGGCCCCACGCUGGACCGUAUGGGGGUGCUGGCGGGGAUGAGAGCGAUAUUGGGGUGGCGAGCAGCCAUGGGAGGCAUACUCCUCCGGGGAUGGAUGGCAUGCAGCCACCGGCAUAUCGGCAGGACUUUGGGUAUCAUGGCGCAGGAGGGCGGCCUGCUGAUGGGGCGGAGCCAGUAAGGGAACACAAUUUUGUAUGA